GAUGGAUGCUGGCAGCAAAGAAGUCUUGAUGGAGAGCCCACCAGACUACUCAGCAGCCCCCCGGGGCCGUUUUGGCAUCCCCUGCUGCCCUGUGCAUCUCAAACGUCUUCUCAUCGUAGUGGUGGUCGUGGUCCUUGUUGUUGUGGUAAUUGUAGGAGCCCUGCUCAUGGGCCUUCACAUGAGCCAGAAGCAUACUGAGAUGGUCCUGGAGAUGAGCAUGGUGGGGUCAGAAGCCCAGCAACGCAUGGGCCUGAUUGAGCACAUGGGCAACACUGCUACCUUCUCCGUUGGCUCCACUGGCAUCGUAGUGUAUGACUACCAGCGGCUCCUGACUGCUUAUAAGCCAGCCCCUGGAACGUGUUGCUACAUUAUGAAGAUGGGUCCAGAGGGCAUUCCCAGUCUUGAGGCUCUCAUCAGAAAAUUCCAGAACUUCCAGGUGGGUUGCUCUUUCCAGGCCAAGCCUGCAGAGCCUGCCACGAAGGAAGAAAGGCACAGCUCGGGCUCAGCAUCUUUUGGAGACCUGGCAAACCUGGGCAUCACUGUGAGCACCCUGUGUGGGGAAGUGCCCCUCUACUACAUCUAG